UUUGGUUUCUAUAACGUUCAGCCCGGCUUCAUUUUGGGAGUAAAUAACAGUAAGUGAAGUAGAUAUGGAUGAAAUCAAGAAAGACGAAAAGACCAGUCAAGCUAAAGUAAUGGAGGGAACAGAAGAAUCAUUAAAGAGGCUUGAAAAGAAAUAUGAAGAUGUUUUAGAGAAAUACAAGGAAUAUCGGAGAGACGGGGAGGAGAAGAAACAAGAGAAGGAGUUCCUACAAACAUGUCUUCCAAGUCGCCUUCCAAGAAUGGAAGUUCGAGCCGACGAGCAGUCAAGCAAGAUCCUAGCAAUGAAGGAAAAAGUCUGUUUGCUGGAGGGGAAGACACAGGCCCAGAGCUCAACACUGGCACUGGCAAAGAAGAGACUGGAGGAGAUAAAGGAAGCGAAAAACGAAUUGCAAAAGAAAAUGGGCGUGAUAGAGACGAGGAUGGGCUCCCGGAGGACCAAGAUGGCGAUGGCGGCGAAGGCGGUGGAGAAGAUGAAGCCGCUGGCUGACGUAUUGGAGAGGGAUGUUACUCACUUUGAAGAGAUAUACACUAAGAAUGAGGAAGAGUAUGUAAAGGUCCGGGAGAAAAACAGAAAAGUGGUAAUUUACCAGACUGAAGGCAAUAAACGGAGUCUGGGAAAUGAAGAAUUGGAGAAGACGAUUCAAUUAUUAACGAGAAGAUCUCAAGAACAGAAAGAGGUUUGCAAGGAACUGAAAUCGAAAGAGAAGGCUGCUAUGGAGAAAAUAGACGAUUGUUAUCAAAAGACCAAUGAGGAAGGAGAACUCAUUGCUGAGAUCAAUACAACAUACGAGCGAAAAUGGACCAAGGUUCAUGAAAGUCUUGGCCAUUGCAAUCGACUGAUAGAAGCAAGCAACCUCGAAAUUCAGGAACUGAAAGACGACACACCCGUAGUGACUGCAGAUCUACCAGUCAAACAAAAACAAGAAGCGGUGAAUCAAGAGCAGGAUGAGUUGGUGAUUGUAGGGUCUGUUGAACUCAAACGCAAGGAAGUGGACGAAUUGCCCCCUAUAGUGGAAGACUGUACUGUUGUAUUGGAUGAAAUUACCCUGGAUGAUUGCCCUUUGUAUAUAGAUGAAGCAGCAAUGCAAGACUCUCCUAUGUAUGUGGAAGACACUGCUUGGCAUGAUUCUACAAUCUUAACAGAGGAUAUUAUAGAUAUUACAGAGGAAAGUCCAACAAAUUCUCCGAAAAGCUAAAGGAUACUUUUUCAUGUAAGCCAUCUGCCAAACCACUGGACAGUUCACUUACAAAUGAACCCAUUGAGAUGUUUCUUUAAAGUAAUAAGAUUGCCGUCAACUGUGUUAUCAUUUAUCAAGCUCCCAUGCAUUACGUCAACGAGUUCUGUGGAAGAUUCACAGGAAAUCUGUUGCAGAACAUGAAAAAAUGUGAGUGAAAAAUCUGUAUGCUGUAUCACGAAACCGUCCGGUAUUUUAUUUCUUUAAUUAGUAAGUAGUAUUAAGUUUUACAUGCAUUUAAGCUAAGUAAUAUAGAGUAUACUCAUAUGAACACUUCUAACAAAAAAUCAAACAAUAAAAUUAAUGUUAAUUUUGAAGUUUUCUUUCUGGUUAACCAAGACAAGUUUAGUUUCUUAAUUAUGUAGUUUAUUUGAGGCAUAUCUAAAAAUGUGUAAAGUUGAUUUGUUUUGGUUACUAGUGUAUGGUACUAAGAACAUUAUGCUAGUAUUCACUUAUUUUUAUUUUAAUAUUGUGCUACAUUAAAAAAUGGCUUUAAAGGUAAAUGUAACAUAUAAUUUUGUCUGGGAAGAAUUUAAUUACUUCUUUUAUACUGUAUAGUUCAGGUUCAAAUUAUUUUCUAACUUCCUGUAAUGUCAUCCAGCUAAAACAUUCCCUAAUAAAAAUUCCUUGUCAAAUAUUCAUUUGAUUUUUAUCCUUUUACUUCCUAAAUAUAUAUUUGAUUCUGUCCCCUACUACAGUUGGCUAUCAAGGUUUAGGAGAAAAAGAAAGAGGGAAGGGGAAAGGAGAAAGAGAGAGAGUGGGGAGGGGGGUAAGGAAGAGGAACAUAUCGUUA